UCCAGUCUCUUCUGUUCUGUUCUAUUUGGUUCUCUCUUUUUUCUUCCUUUUUUCCUUCCCUUAAUUUUUGGCUCCUCAACACCAGUAUAAACCGUAAACUCUUAUUCUAAAACAGAUUUCUACAAUAAUGGCGAGAAGAAAUUUACAAAUUCUAAAGCAACUCCUUGGAUGUUCAGUAGCCUCCUCAUCUUCUGUACCUUCAUCUCCGCGUCUAGGGUUUAGUCUUGACAUCAAGAGAUCUGUAACCUACAUGCCUCGGCCUGGUGAUGGUGCUCCAAGAGCUGUUACCUUAAUCCCAGGAGAUGGAAUUGGUCCUCUUGUUACUGGUGCGGUUGAGCAGGUCAUGGAAGCGAUGCAUGCUCCUGUGUAUUUCGAAAGAUAUGAAGUUCAUGGUGAUAUGACAAAGGUUCCUCAGGAAGUGAUUGAUUCAAUACAUAAGAACAAGGUUUGCUUGAAGGGUGGUUUGAAUACUCCAGUUGGUGGUGGUGUCAGUUCAUUGAAUGUUCAGCUAAGAAAGGAGCUUGAUUUAUAUGCAUCACUUGUGAAUUGUUUCAAUCUGCCUGGGUUGCCUACAAGGCAUCAGAAUGUUGAUAUUGUUGUGAUUCGGGAGAAUACAGAAGGGGAAUAUGCAGGGCUUGAGCAUGAGGUUGUUCCUGGUGUUGUUGAGAGCCUUAAGGUGAUUACAAAGUUCUGCUCAGAACGGAUUGCCAAAUAUGCCUUUGAGUAUGCAUACUUAAACAACCGGAAGAAAGUGACUGCUGUGCACAAAGCCAACAUUAUGAAACUUGCAGAUGGUCUAUUCUUAGAAUCUUGUCGUGAGGUAGCAACGAAAUAUCCAGGAAUUAAGUAUAAUGAGAUUAUUGUGGACAACUGCUGCAUGCAACUUGUAUCAAAGCCAGAGCAGUUUGAUGUCAUGGUAUGUGAUUUAAUAUUUUGAAGUUUUUUAUCGUCU